GAGAACAGCAGCAUACGACUCAAGCAGCGUGCGUGUGUUUGUGUUCUGGUAAAAUUAAGUAAAACAAGGUAAACGGCAGACUGAUCACGAAUCUAAUCUGGAACCUGGAUAAUGCAAGUGGAUCUGGAGCCGGGUGUCAUCCGAAAGCUUGACGAGGUGGUGGUGAAUCGCAUUGCCGCUGGCGAAAUAAUCCAGCGACCGGCCAACGCAUUGAAGGAGCUGCUGGAGAAUAGUUUGGACGCCAAAUCGAGCCACAUCCAGGUGCACGUGAAGUCUGGCGGCCUGACGCUGCUGCAGAUCCAGGACAACGGCACCGGGAUACGCAGAGAGGACUUGGAAAUAGUCUGCGAACGCUUCACUACAUCCAAGCUGGCCAAAUUCGAGGAUCUCUCCCAAAUAGCUACUUUCGGCUUCCGCGGCGAGGCACUGGCGAGCAUCAGUCAUGUGGCCCACCUGACGAUCCAAACCAAGACGGCCCAGGAGCGGUGCGGCUACAAGGCCAUCUACGCCGAUGGCCGGCUUCAGGGUCAGCCGAAGCCCUGUGCCGGUAACCAGGGCACCAUCAUCACCAUCGAGGAUUUGUUCUACAACAUGUCGCAGCGACGGCAGGCACUCAAGUCUCCGGGUGACGAGUUCCAGAAGCUUUCCGAUGUUCUGGCCAAGUACGCAGUACACAAUCCUCAGGUGGGCUUCACCCUGCGCAAACAGGGCGAGCCGCAGCCUUCGCUGAAGACUCCUGUCGCCAGUUCGAGGUCGGAGAACAUCAGAAUCAUCUAUGGCGCCGGCAUCUCCAAGGAGUUACUGCAUUUCAGUCACAAGAAUGAGGUGUUCAAGUUCGAGGUUGAGUGUCUGCUCACUCAAGUCAACUACUCGGCCAAGCGGAGCCAGAUGCUGCUAUUUAUCAAUCAGCGUCUCGUGGAGUCGCCGGCCCUCAAGUGCGCCGUGGAUGCAGUGUACGCCACUUAUUUGCCGCGUGGCCAUCAUCCCUUUGUGUACAUGAGCCUAAAGCUGCCGCCCCAGAAUCUAGACGUGAAUGUGCACCCCACCAAGCAUGAGGUGCAUUUCCUCUACCAGGACGAGAUCGUCGAGCGCCUGAAGGAGCAGGUGGAGAUCCAACUUUUGGGCAGCAAUACUACCAGAACCUUCUACAAGCAGCUCAAGUUGCCCGGAGCCUCAGAUCUGGACGAAACGCAGCCGGUGGACAAGAGCCAGCGCAUCUAUCCCAAGCAACUCAUUCGCACCGAUUCCAGUGAACAAAAGAUGGACAAGUUCCUGGCCGAUAUCAAAAAGAGUGACUCUGGUCUGUCCUCCACCUCCUCCGGCAACGAUACAGCCGCCUUCCAGGAGAAGUCCAGCGAAACGAGUUGCUCACAGGAGGAGAGCUUCCGCCUUAUAGCAGCACGCAAGGCGCGGGAGGUUCGCCUGAGCAGCGUCCUGGAUAUGCGACGGAGCGUGGAGCGACAGUGCAACGUUCAACUGAGGAGCAUCCUCAAAAACCUGGUGUAUGUGGGCUGUGUGGACGAGCGUCGGGCCCUGUUCCAGCACGAGACACGCCUCUAUCUGUGCAACACCCGAGCCUUCAGCGAGGAGCUGUUCUACCAAAGAUUGGUGUACGAGUUUCAGAACUGCUCCGAAAUCAGUGUAAUGCCGCCGCUAUCGUUGCACGAGCUGUUAAUGAUUGCCCUGGACAGCGAAGCGGCUGGCUGGACGCCCGAGGAUGGGGACAAGACCGAACUGGCCGCCAGCGCCGUCCAGAUCCUCCAGCAAAAGGCCCCCAUAAUGAAGGAGUAUUUCGGUCUACGCAUAUCGGAGGAGGGAUUGGUCGAGUCGCUGCCCAGCCUGGUGGGCCGGCACAAGCCAAGUGCCACACAUCUGCCCGUCUACUUGUUGCGCCUGGCCACCGAGGUUGACUGGGAGCAGGAGGCCAAGUGCUUCGAGUCCUUUUGCCGCGAGACAGCGCGUUUCUAUGCUCAACAGGACUGGCACGAUGAUGAAUCGUCGUGUCACCUGCCAUGGCAAACGGAGCAUGUGCUCUUUCCAGCUCUGAAAAAGUACCUAGUGCCCCCGGCUCGUCUCCGGCAACAGAUCUAUGAGCUCACCAAUCUGCCCACGCUCUACAAGGUCUUCGAGAGGUGCUAGCAUGAGAUUAUUGCUUAAGCUUCAAAGUAUUGUUUUUUUAAUCGACUGCAUAAAUAAUUUAUAGUCCUUACAGCUAA